CAUGCGUUAUGUAGAGUACCAGAUGGCCCAAUCAUCUAUUUAACACACGCCAAAAACUGAGUGUGAUUUCCAGAAGAUGGCGACCGCUCUGGUGGUGUCAACUUCGGUUCCUGCUCAUCCUGAAAAGGAGAAAUGUGAAACAAUAAUUCAAAAGGUUAUGAGUCCUGAAACAUACAUCAAGCAUCCAUUACAAAACAAGUGGGCUCUUUGGUUUUUCAAGAAUGACAAAAGCAAAACAUGGCAAGCCAACCUUCGUCUGAUCUCAAAAUUUGACACUGUGGAAGACUUCUGGGCAUUAUACAAUCACAUUCAGUUAUCAAGUAACUUGAUGUCUGGCUGUGACUACUCAUUGUUUAAGGAUGGGAUCGAGCCAAUGUGGGAGGAUGGACGGAAUCGACGAGGUGGCCGCUGGCUGAUAACUCUGUCCAAGCAGCAGCGUAGAGCAGACCUGGAUCGGUUCUGGUUGGAGACGCUCUUGUGUCUUGUUGGUGAAGCUUUUGAUGACCACAGCGACGAUGUGUGCGGCGCCGUCAUCAACGUCCGAGCCAAAGGAGAUAAAAUUGCAAUAUGGACCACAGACUACGAAAACAAAGAUGCCAUCACACACAUAGGUCGUGUUUACAAAGAGAGAUUAGGGGUUCCUCCAAAAGUGAUCAUCGGGUACCAGUCGCAUGCAGAUACCGCCACAAAGAGCGGCUCUUCAACCAAGAACAAGUUUGUUGCCUAAGGACUGUUAACCAGUAUCAUCAGCCAUGCCUUUUUCUUUUGCUAGCAUAGAGUUUUGUAUAAUUUUUCUGACCUGUUUAUCCACUACCAAACAUUUGAAGUGGAGACAAAAUUUCUUCCUUUCGGUUUGCCUAUUUGUUGCUACUGAACCAAAGCUUUUGUUUAUGGUAAGGGUAUGUGCAGUUAAAAUGUAGCACUAUCGUCUGAGAACUCGAUUAUUUUCGUGGUGGUGGGCUGAAGAUGAGUAAAAGAUGUUUUGAUGCCCACGUUUCAUUUUCAAAUGCAGCUGCAUAUUUGUGGGGAAUUUAUUUCAUUUGUCAUCCCCUUAGUGUAUGUCAGUUAUUUUCUUAAAGUACUUAACCUUAAAGGCAAAAAAAACAAAGUAAAACAUGUUCUACUUUGGUAUAAACUAGCUCUUUAUUACUCUAAUGCCACACAGUCAAAUUACAAUAAACAUGUAUGGCUUUAUUGCACAUAUAGUUGCACGGUGGAAUUUUAAACCAUACACUGUGAUCAAACUCACGUCUUCUGAAAGUUUACACGUUGAUAGAAAACUUUUUUUUUUUUUUUUUUAAAUGCAGUAGUUUUGACAUCUUUUGUGGGAUUGUUUUUCAGGUUGAUAAUUAAUUCAAAGUCCCUUUUAUUGCUGACGUUGCAAAUAGGAUGUCUUAAUUUGAACAGUUUAGUUUCUUGUGCAAUAUGUGAAGUGUUGACGUUGAGAUACUCAUGGUGCUUCAUGAUGAGUUUGAGGUAUAUUUGAAGUUGACUCAUUUGCCACUCGAGUAAAGUACAAAUUUCACACCAAAUUGGACCGUGAUUUAUCACUGGAGUUAAUGCAAGCCGUUCAUGCCUGAGCUUUUGAUGUACUUUUUUCUCUUGUACACAAAUCUCUAGAAUUUUGAGUUUCAGAGCACAAAGAUGUCAACGAUGAAAACAGGAUUUUGUAUGUCCGUAUGUAAUGAGGAUAUUUUCCAAAUGUACAUAUUGUUGGAUAUGUACGAUGUUCAGUUAAAAAGUAGACUUGU